AUUGAGCCCUUAAUUAUUGAGAUUUAUUUUGGGCCCUAAUAUUUUAGGCCCUUUACCUAACACAUUUUUUUAUGGCCCCAUUGAAGGGGCCUUAUUUUAUUCCAAAAAUUCACAAAACUUCAUUUCCCAAUAGCACGAAAACUCUUUCUGUUCAGCAAAGCUUCAUCAUCACCGAAGCUUCAUCUUCACCGCCACCGUCAUCGCCACCGUCAACCUAUUGCGCCGCCAUCGAAUUUUUUCCAUUACAAAAUAAAGUAUGGAGUCAAUGGAUAUGAGUGAGUAUGCACAAGGUCAAGAUGAAACUCGUAAGGAAACAUUGUCAACACUUUGGAUUAUUUUCACUAAAAUCGGCAAAGGAAAAGAUGGAGUUGAAAGAGCUGCAUGCAAUUUUUGUAGUACUGAUUUUGCUAUUGGAAAAAACCCCAAGUCCGGUCAAAGUUAUGGAACUUCACAUCUAAGUCGUCAUGUGUUUAUUUGUAAAAGUUUUCAGAUGAGCCUUCUUAGUCUAGAGGAAUCGUCAAGCCUAACCCCAAUCAACCAAAACACACAUCGUGAAUUACUUGGAGAAGCCAUUAUUGCACAUGAUCUUCCUUUUAGCUUUGUCGAGUAUGAAAAAAUUCGAGUUUGGGUGAAAUAUUUGAAUCCAUGUGUUGAAAUGGUCUCUAGGAAUACCACGGUGUCUGAUAUUGAAAAGAUAUAUGAUAAAGAAAGGAUCAAGCUUAAGGAAAUCAUGGGUAGGAUUCCAAAUAAAGUUUGUCUAACAUCGGAUGUUUGGACAGCAUCUACUAGUGAGGGUUAUAUUUGUUUGACUGCUCACUUUGUUGAUGAAAAUUGGAAGUUAGUUAGUUGUCUUCUUAACUUUCUUCGAAUGAAGCCCCCCCACACGGGUAUCGCAUUGGAAGCUACUUUAUUUGAUUGCUUAAAACAAUGGGGAAUAGAUAAGAAAAUAUUUACUAUUACGUUGGAUAACGCCUCUGCCAAUGACAACAUGCAAGACCAUUUGAAAACCCAUCUUCGAGUGCAGGGAAAUUUGAUGUGUAAUGGUGAAUUUUUUCAUAUCCGGUGUUCGGCCCAUGUACUCAACUUAAUUGUCCAAGAGGGUUUAAAAAUUGCUAGUGAAGCCCUCCAUAAAAUUAGAGAGAGUGUCAAGUAUAUUAAAGGAUCUGAUGGAAGGAUGCUUAAGUUUAAAGAUUGUGUCGAGGAUGCAGGGAUAAAUGUUGGCGGUGGUUUAAGAUAUCUUAAACCACCGCCAACAUUUAUCCCUGCAUCCUCGACACAAUCUUUAAACUUAAGCAUCCUUCCAUCAGAUCCUUUAAUAUACUUGACACUCUCUCUAAUUUUAUGGAGGGCUUCACUAGCAAUUUUUAAACCCUCUUGGACAAUUAAGUUGAGUACAUGGGCCGAACACCGGAUAUGA